AUGACCGUAGGCAUAAAAGAAUUUUUGAAUUUCCUGAAGGUGCACUUUCCCAGUGAGGCAGACGGAGCGGCGGAGAAGCGGCAGGCGGGGAAGACGAAGCAGACGGAGGAUCAGGCGGUGAAGCAGGGGGAGAAGCAGGCGGAGAAGACGGAGCAGACGGAGAAGCCGCACCAGACGGAGGACAAGCCGAACGGGGAGCAAGCGGAACCAGAAGGAAAAGGAGGACGCAUGGAAAAACAACUCAAUGACGAAAUCGAAAAGGAAAAAAUGGAGUACAACCGUUUUGCCCCACUUCGAAAUAUAGUAAAAAAUUUCACCUUCAUAAAAUUUAACAACAUAAAAGAGAAAAACCCAUCGGAUAUUGUUCAGCAGAUCUUCAUGUUAGCUCACAACAAAAAGGAAAAAUAUAUCCUAAGACAUUUAUGCAAAAUUAUUCCACUAGACUGUAUAUGUAAGCCACACAUGUCUCCCUUCAUAAAGACCAUCCUCCCAGUUUUGAAGAAAAAUUUUCCCAAAGGGACCUGCGCGCAGGAGAGUUUUACCGUUGGUCAUUUAUCCAAGCUGAUGAGUGUGGCGGCGGAGGAGGGGGAUAAGGAGGGUGAGAAGGAGGAAGGGCAGGCGAAGGAGGGUGAGAAGGAGGAAGAGCAGGCGAAGGAGGGGGAUAAGAAGGAAGAGCAGGCGGAGGAAGAGCAGGCGAAGGAGGGCGAGAAGAAGGAAGACCAGACGAAGGAAGACCAGAAGGUGGAGGAAAAAAAGGCGGAGGAGAGCCAGGCUAAGGAAGAGACAACACCAAGUGAGGACAAACACGCCGCGGGAAAAAAGGUUUCAUGGGCCCUGGUCUACAAAUGCUCGAACACGAAGACUCUGAUGAAAAGAGACGUGUUGACAGUGCUAGACAAUUGCAUAGGAAGCAACUAUUCUGUUAAUUUGGGAAACCCUGACAUGGCCGUGGUGGUUUACGUGACAGAGGUUCGGUUUGCAUUUCUGAGAGAGGAGGAGAGUGGCGGCGAUGUGCUUUCUUUUCUGCUAUUAAAGUUGCCACCCACGUCGCCACAGAUCCUUUAG